AUGGCAGAAGAACAUGCCGCCGAUGAGGCUGCAGGAGAAGUUAUCUUCUCGAGUGAUGGCUUGCCUCCCACAACCAUUUCUCCCAGGAAGAGACCCUCCACGCUGGAAAAGGUGGACGAUGGUGACAUGACUGUGUUGGAUUCCGGUGACACCAAUCCGGCAGUGGCCUUUGAGAUAUUCUCCGGAAAGGUUUAUCCCGUCAGCAGUGCCCAACCCAAGAGUACCACUGGCAUUAUCAAGUCGGAAACUCCAGCCGAACGAUUGGCCCGGUUGCAACAAGAGAUUACCGAACUGGAGCAGGAUUUGGCUUCUGCUAAUACUGCAGAAGAAGCGGGAGGAGGAGGACCUGCUUUGAUGGGUGUAGUGACCGAUUUGCAGCAACGCUUAAAGACGCAAGCAGGAGUCACCGCCAAGAAUCAGGAGGAAAUGACACGGUCCAUCCAGAUGCGAUUGCAGGAAUGGGAGGCUUCCAAAAACGCAACUAGCCCUGCAGAAGCGGCCGCUGGAGCACCUGUGGCUACAACGUCACCGGAUUUGGAGGAACGUUUGCUGCAAGUGGAAAAACUGGUGGGUGGCGGUGCCACUACCACCACGAGCACUUCCCUUUUGACUCGUUUGGAAGAGAUGGAGGCCUUCUUGAAGGGUCUUGAUCUCAAAGGACUGGAACAAGCUUCUGCUAAAGCCAAAGUUAUUCGAUCCGAUCUAGAAGCAGCCAGCAAGGCACGAAAUAAAUUGGCGUCGGCUGCCACUUUUCGAAAGGAAGAUGCCAAGACCAUUUCUUCCCUCUAUGAUCAAAUGUCCCAAUUGGAGGGUUUGUCGGGACAUUUGCCCGCUCUGGUAGCACGGCUGCAGCAACUGGCCAAUCUUCAUGCUCAGUCAUCUACCUACGCUCUUCGAUUGACGCAAAGUGAACAAGAAAUGGUUCAACUCCAGGCUGUCGUCAAAUCACUGGAGGAAACUGUUACCAAGGCAGAAACUGGAAUGGCUGAGAACGUCAAAGUGAUUGAAAACAAUAUGCAACAGUUGGAUGAGCGAAUCAAGAAGUUAUAG